GUGCAUUACUAUCAUUACAGUAGAGUCUCGCUUAUCCAACAUAAACGGGCCGGCAGAACGUUGGAUAAGCGAAUAUGUUGGAUAUGUAAGGUGAGAUUAAGGAGAAGCCCACUAAACAUCAAAUGCAAGGUGAGAUUAAGGAGAAGCCCACUAAACAUCAAAUUAGGUUAUGAUUUUACAAAUUAAGCACCAAAACAUCAUGUUAUACAACAAAUUUGACCGAAAAAGUAGUUCAGUAUGCAGUAAUGCUACGUAGUAAUUACUGUAUUUGCGAAUUUAGCACCAAAAUAUCACGAUGUAUUGAAAACAUUGACUACAAAAAUGCGUUGGAUGAUCCAGAACGUUGGAUAAGCGAAUGUUGGAUAAGUGAGACUCUACUGUACUAUUAUUAGAGUUGCUGCGAGCUUUAUGGGCUGUAUGGCCAUAUUCUAGAAGCACUCUCUCCUGUCGUUUCUCCCACAUCUAUAGCAGGCAUCCUCAGGUUGUGAGGUCUGUUGGAAACCAGGCAAGGGAGGUUUAUAUAUCUGUGGAAGGUCCAGGAUGGGAGAAAUAACUCCUAUCUGUUGGAGGCUAAUGUGAAUGCUGCAAUUAAUCACUUUGAUUAGCAUUGAAAAGCCAUGCAGUUUCAAGGCCUGGCUGAUUCCUGCUUGGGGGAAUCCUUUGCUAGGAGAUGUUAGCUGACCCUGAUUGUUUCCUGUCUGGAAUUCCCGUUUUCUGAGUGUUCUUUAUUCAUUGUCCUGAUUUAAUAGGUUUUUUUUAAAAAAAAUACUGGUGCCAGAUUUUGUUCAUUUUCAUGGUUUUCUGCUUUCUGUUGAAAUUGUCCACAUGCUUGCAGAUUUCACUGGCUUCUCUGUGUAGUUGUGAGAGUGGUCCAGCACUUCUGUGUCGUCAAAUAAUAUGCUGUGUCCAGAUUGGUCCAUCAAGUGCUCUGCUGUGGCCGACUUUUCAGCCAGGCCUUGAAGCUGCAAGGCUUUUCAAUGCUAACCAAGGUGAUUAAUUACGGCAUUCACACUUUCCUCCAACAGGCAAGAGUUCUUGCUCCCACCCUGGACCUUCCACAGAUACAUAAACCUCCCUUGCUUAGUUUCCAACAGAUCUCACAACCUCUGAAGAUGCCUGCCACAGAUGUGGGCGAAAUGUCAGGAGAGUAAUGCUUCUGGAACAUGGCCAUACAGCCCGGAAAACUCACAGCAACCCAGUGGUUCUGGCCAUGAAAGCCUUCACAACAUUAUUGAUCUUAUUUGGAGGGGGACGAGGUGUGUGGUGCGUAAUUAUGCAUUUCAUUUGUUUCUGGCUGCUGUUGCCACUGUUAGUUGGAGACUGGCAUUGGAGAAGGAGGUGGGUGGAAUGGAUCAUCUAGGUUGGCUCAGGCUGUGAAUUGCAUUACUAUUAUUACUAUUAUAUUUAUUUGGAUCCUGCUUUCAUCUCUAGGAUGAGAAGCAAAGUUGCAUGGAGAGGCUCAGGCUCUGUGUGUUUGUGUGUGUGAGAGGGGGGGGGGGGGUUUGGAGCCAUGACUGCUGCAGGAGGUGUGCCAUCCAUCGUUGCCUUGAAGUCAUGUCUUGGAGAGAAGGGGCUGUGAUAAAAAAUAUAUAUAAGGGGUUGUCUCCUUGUCCUCAUGAGGAAGGGGAUACAAACCCAGAGAGAGGUCCUCAGGCUCCUGCCAGCUUGUGUGUCCAUUUGGAAAGACCAGCAGGGGAAAGGGGUUGGUGCUAGUGCUGGUAUUCGCCUCUGUGUGCUUAUUUGUGGUCCAAGAAUGUGUGGGACCCCCCUUUUCUCCCCAUGUCGUGACUCUGCGCAGCUGCUUGCCCCUGCUUGCCUUUGCUGCCCCUCCACGCUUUUGGCUCUUGCUGCUCUGCCAUGGCUUCAGUUCCUUGCUGGGGCUGCUGGGGCUCCUCAUGCUCCCCUUGCCUCCCUUGUGGCUGCUGGUGCUGGGAGGUGACUGCUUUGCCUUAGUCUCAAGGCUGUUGCUGCUUUUUCUCCCCCCUCGCCUCUGCUUAAAAAACCUUCCUGCUUUAAGAGACAGAAGAUCUUGCAAGACCAAACACACACAGGCACAAACCACCCACCCCUCCAGGUGUUGGAGCGUGGAGCUGCUCUGGAUAGGAUUGUAGCUGGUCCAGAAGAAGGAGGAGGUUGCUAAAGGGAGCCGCAAGAAGGUUGAAGAAUCCAUAUUUCACUGCAUCAAGUUGGAACUGCAUCACUGUUCAUUCUUCUGUUACGUUUUCUUUUCUGUUCAAACAUAGAUGUCCUUGCCCUUUAUCUUUUCCAUUUUACAGUUGCAACAUGGACACAAGCAAGAAAACAGACCCCCCAGUGUCUGUGGAAACAGUUCAACAAAAGGCAAAUGUUGAGCGCAGUCCGGUACCAUCUGUUUAUAUACCGGAACAAGGUGGCUACAAAGAGAAAUUCGUGAAUGCUGUGGAGGACAAAUACAAAUGUGAAAAGUGUCGUCUCAUACUGUGCAAUCCAAGGCAAACAGAAUGUGGUCAUCGAUAUUGUGAGACCUGUAUGAAUGCUUUGCUAAGUUGCACAAUUCCAAAAUGUACAGCAUGUCAAGAAACAAUAGUGAAAGAGAAGAUAUUUAAGGAUAAUUGCUGUCGGAGGGAGCUUCUUGCUCUUCAGAUAUUCUGCAGAAAUGAAAAUAAAGGUUGCAGAGAACAACUGACCUUGGGACAAUUACUUACACAUUUGAGAAAUGACUGUCUAUUUGAAGAACUACCUUGCCCUCGUGUUGAUUGUAAAGAAAAAAUCCUGAGAAAAGACUUGCCAGAUCAUGCAGAAAAGACCUGUAAAUACCGGGAAACAACAUGUAAAUAUUGUAAAAGCCAAGUUCCAAUUAUUAUGAUACAGAAACAUGAAGAUGCAGAUUGCCCUUGUGUUAUGGUUACCUGUCCUCAUAAAUGCAGCGUUUCAGCACUCCUGAGAAAAGAGUUGAAUGCCCAUUUGUCAGAAUGUAUUAAUGCCCCAAGUACCUGUAGUUUUAAGCGUUAUGGCUGCACUUUUCAGGGAACAAACCAGCAAGUUAAAGCACACGAAACCAGCUCAGCAGUGCAGCAUGUAGACUUAUUGAAAGAGUGGAGUAAUUGUCUAGAAAAUAAGGUGGCCAUGCUCCAGAAUGAAAGUUUGGAAAAGAACAAGAGUAUACAAACCUUACAUAAUCAAAUUUGUAGUUUUGAAAUAGAAAUAGAGAGACAGAAGGAAAUGCUGAGGAGUAAUGAAUCCAAAAUACAUCACUUACAGCGGGUGAUAGAUAGUCAAGCCGAAAAGCUGAAAGAACUGGACAAAGAGAUUCGUCCCUUCCGCCAGAACUGGGAAGAAGCAGACAGUAUGAAGAGUAGCGUUGAAUCCCUCCAGAACAGAGUGACUGAACUGGAAAGUGUUGAUAAGACGGCUGGACAAGGAGCUAGAAAUGCAGGUCUUCUGGAGUCUCAGUUAUCGAGGCACGAUCAGAUGCUAAGCGUUCAUGAUAUUCGUCUGGCUGACAUGGAUCUCCGGUUCCAAGUUCUUGAAACAGCGAGUUACAAUGGAAUAUUAAUCUGGAAAAUCCGAGAUUAUAAACGUCGGAAGCAAGAGGCCGUCAUGGGAAAGACUUUGUCUUUAUACAGCCAGCCGUUUUAUACUGGAUACUUCGGAUAUAAGAUGUGUGCCCGGGUUUACCUCAAUGGAGACGGGAUGGGCAAAGGGACGCACUUGUCCUUGUUCUUUGUCAUAAUGAGAGGAGAAUACGACGCACUGCUUCCGUGGCCAUUCAAGCAGAAAGUCACCCUUAUGUUGAUGGAUCAAGGACCUUCUCGGCGCCAUUUAGGAGAUGCUUUCAAACCAGACCCCAACAGCAGUAGUUUCAAGAAACCCACUGGAGAAAUGAAUAUUGCUUCUGGCUGCCCAGUCUUUGUUGCACAAACUGUUCUAGAGAAUGGAACAUAUAUUAAAGAUGAUACUAUUUUUAUUAAAGUCAUAGUGGAUACAUCGGACCUACCAGACCCCUGACAUACGCCAGAGAAGGAGAUUUCACAGAAGACACCUCCAUUUGGGGCUCUUUUUUAUAUCUGUCUGUCUUCAAUGAGAGGUCCCUAAAGCUCAGAGGGACCCUUGUGUUAACAGAAGGAAGAGUUUGAAGGUAUAACUUGCAUAGGGUCCAAUGGCAAACAUAGCAACCCAUUAAGGAAUCAUACCAUGGUAUAUUUUCUAAACUAGUAAGAACAAGUCAAAUUCUGUCAAGCCACUUAAUCCUCAUGAGGACAAAGAUUACAGUCUGAAAAAAAAGAUUUUCAUAAUUUAUUGAUAGUUUAAUAAGUGGGAAGAAGAAAGACAAAGUAACCUAUGCUGAAUAAGACUUCUAUUCCUUUUUAACUAGAAACAAAAGUAAAAAAUUCACACGUGGGUUAGCUAGAAACUGUCAGCAUGUUAAGUUUAAAAAAAGAAAUUAUGAAGUAAUGUUGCAGUUAAAGAUAUAUUAUUACUUUGGAAAUCUAAGUGCAAUCUUGUCUGUAAUAUAGUAUAUUGUCUAUUUUUAAGGCCUCACCUGGUCUCUGUUUUAAAAUAAUUACUUUGUCAGACCUCGACAAAAUGUCCAGAUCUUCUUGAAAGCGUCUAAAUCAGAGUCAUAUUUUUGUUUAGAGUUCUAUUAAUUGCUACAGAAAACAUUUUAUUUUAAAACUGUUGAUAAGACUGAUAUUUCUUGGAAGAAAAAGAUCAAAUGCAGGUUAUCACUUGUGAUAUGAAAAGAAACUAUUCAACUACUGCUGUUAUUUCUCUUUAGAAAUGUAAACCUACAAUAUAUGUCGUAGUUAAUGACACUAUUUCAAAAUUAAGAAAAACUAAUCACUCAUGGAUGCUGUGCAUCAUUAUCAGAUUUAUAAUUUUCACCCUAAAAUAGGGCAUUUGUUGAACUUUGGAGUUCUAAACGGAAUCCUGUAUGUUUUUAAAGUUCUGCCUCAUGCGCUCAGACCAAGCUCUUUAAAAUAUAUAUAUGUGUAUGUGUGUGUGCGUGCGCGCGUGUAUAUAUAAAUAUAUAUAAUCUAUUUUUUGCUAAAGCAUAAAUGUGCAACAUGUUUUUGGUAUUUGAGAGGAGGCGUAGUGCUGAGUAAUUACCUUUAUGGGAAAACUGCUCAAUAAUCCUCGACUUGGAAGUGACCGCAUCUUGCAGAGGACGUCCACAAGGAGGAAGCAGUGUCUUAAUGGGAAAAUGGUGGCUUGCAUGCAUUCAUGUGCCUUAGCUGUGAUGUGCUGCUUUAUAACUCAUAGCUUUGUAUUCAGAUUUUAAUUUCAGAUUCCUGAAAUAGUCAUUUUAACUGGACUUUAGGCAUAACGUGCUGACUGGUCUGUAAAACCCACCGAUAUUUUGCAGCGUGCCGAAAAUCGAAGCCACGUCCUGUGCUUCUGGCUUCGCGGAGAGGCUGUCCAUUCAGUCUCAUGGAAUACUCUUUAUUCAGGUGCUAUUAUUCUUUUGCGCACAAUGCUCCUAUGGAGCCGGGACUUCUGACAGCACUCCCCUAUUUUCAAGGCAAUAGGAGAAUGGCUGUUGAUGCCAUGCUUAUAGGUAGCAGAGCUAACGUAAUUCCAGAUGGGCUCAAUUUAAAAUUGUGAGGAAAUAUAUGGACUGGUAGAAUAAUUAUGGUUGUCUUCUGGCAGACUGACAUGUAACCCCUGCAGGGGAAACCCACAGGAUCCUCCUAUUUAGUUGACUACCUGAGCAUUUCCUAGGAAGCAUUUUCCAGCCUUUGAGUCAUGCUGAGUGCAACUCACAGAAUGUGUUGGCUUCCGUUUCAAUAGUCCCUUGUGCAGUUAGUCAAAUAAAAUGGCAUAGCUUGACUGUACACCAACCAUGUGGGUGCUGCUUCAAUUGCAUGGGUGCCGUGUAACAUGUAGGUGCUCCCCAAGAUUGGGCCCGUGGAAAAAGGAAUGAUGUGCCCUGUUCUUGAGCAACUUUGUUGUAGCCACUUGGCUUUCCACUUAGGUAGGGUAUUAUAGCCAGAGUUCAUGUCUAGGGCUCAGUUGAAUGUUCAUGUCCCUUGUAGUUAAGUUCCUUGCUCUUGCCAUUGUCUUUUAUGGCUGUGCCUUCCCACGCAGUGCCUGCCAGAAGUAUUUUUCUGUUAAUAAAUAUACAGUGCAUGCUGAGUGGUCCUCAUGGGUUUUUUCAGGCACCUGCUUGAAUUCUGCCUGCUUUUUUCUGGCAGCCAAAGCGUUCAGUAGCAACACGUCUUCCUCUUCUUGCCUUCCAUUGUUCAGGUACUGUAUGCUCUCUUAUGGUACUUUACUGUCAACUGGUACAACUCAAUUUUAAGAAGGCACGUGUUCGAAUUCUAGCCCUCAAUAUCAAAGGAAGACUCCCUGCCCAAGGUACCUGCGGUGCAGUUUUAUGCAGGCUGAUGUAAACCCACCACCUUCUGCUUUAGGAGAAAGAGUUAACUUGAUACUAUUCCAAUAGUCAUAAAUAUAGGCAGCUGAGCUUUUGUAUAUGCAUUACAGAAUUUUACUGAAAACAGGAUUCCCUAGUGGAAAUGUCCAAAGGGCUCACCUCUCCAUUGCUAAUGUGUCACAGAAAUGUUUAACAAAUGUGAUCUUCUACGAACAGUUUAUGUCCUAUUUAAAUGUGAUGCUAUGAGAGAAUUGUUGUGUUACAAACAAGGCCGUAUGCAGUGCAGUAUGCCUUUAAAAACAAAUCUUAUUUUUAAGACACUUGAAAAUGUGAAUAGAGUAGAAUUUCCCUCUAAUUUUCUUUCCUGGCUCUCCAAAUGAUUCACAAUUACAUAGCACCGUGAUACCACUUUAUCUGCCAUGGCUAUAUCCUGUGGAAGCCUCUAAUUUGUAGUCUGGCCGAGAAUUCAAAAUACUCCCCCAAAAUUGUUAAUUCCAGGGUUCAUUUAUUCAUGUAUAUAUUUUUUAAAUUAAUAGGAUGGAACCAUGGCAGUUAAAGUGGAAUGAUAAUGCUAAAAUGGUUAGACCAGUGGUUCUCAACCUGUGGGUCCCCAGGUGUUUUGGCCUGCAAUUCCCAGAAAUCCCAACCUAGCUGUUAGGAUUUCUGGGAGUUGAAGGCCAAAACAUCAGGGGACCCAUAGAUUGAGAACCACUGGGUUAGAGUGAAAGGACAUCAGCUCUUUUAGGGGUAUGACAACAUUACACAAUUAAAGCACUCCUGCCAGAUAGCAAUCCAGACUGUUUAAAAACUUCCAGGUGGGAAAACUUCACUGCACUCCAAGGUAGUUGUCAAACAGCUCUUACUGUCAAGAAAUUUCAAUUUUUUAAGUGGAAUCUUGUAAUUUGAAUCCUUUGCUACCUGUGCUGGUUUCUAGAGCUGCAGAAGCCAAGCUUGACCCUCCUCAACAUGAGAUCCUUUCAAAUAUUUAAACAUGGCUAUCGUGUCCCAUCUCAGCAUUCUCUUCUCCAAGCUAACCAGACCCAGCUCCCUAGGCUUCUCUUCCAGACCUUUUAUCAUUUGGGUCACCCUUCUCUGGACAUGUUCCAGUUUGAAUUGGGGUGCACAGGACUGGACACAGUAUUCCAAAUGAGGUCUGACCAAAGCAGUGGUACUGUUGCUUUCCUCAGUCUAGACCAGUGGUUCUCAUUCUGUGGGUCCCCAGGUGUUUACCAGCCGGUUUACCAGUUGUUAGGAUUUCUAGGAGUUGAAGGUCAAAACACCUGGGGGCCCAGAGGUUGAGAACCACUGGUCUAGUCACUACUCCUGAUGCAGCCUAGAAUUACGUUGGCUUUUUAAAGCUAACACACCCUACUGUUGACUCACGUUUAGCUUGAGGUCUGCUAAGACUCCUAAAUCCUUUCCAUUGUCCUGUUUUCAAGCCAGGUGUCACCCAUCCUAAAUCUUUACAGUUCAUUUUUCUGCCUAAGUGUAGAACCCACAAUUCUCCCAGAUGGAAUUUUGUUAGUGUUUCUGAGCUCUCAUCUCUUAAAGUCAUUUCUAAUUCAGAUCCUGCCCUCUGGGGCAUCAGUUAUCCCUUUCAAUUUGGUAUCUGCAAAUUUGAUGAGUAUGCUUGCUAUUCCAUUGUCUAAGUUAUUGAUAAAGCUAGUGAGAUGGUUUCUAUAAAAGCAGUUGUGUCUAACUGGGAGAUAGAGAUGGAAGCAAGAAUCCCAUUUAUUUCUCAGUGUUUAUUGUGAAUUGGUGGUUUAUAAAAUAGACAUUUCAGUGACACCUUUUGUCUCUCCUUAUUUGAGGUUAUUGAGUAGUGCAGCCCCUUCUGUUGUUGCACUUGAGAUGCACUGAAGGUAUUUAGUCUUCUAGUAUUUUGUCUUUCAAGGCAGCUGCACAGAAUUCAUUGUUUGAGUACAAGUUGUGUCCAUUGAUCUUUGAGGACCUCUUUAACAAAGCACAAUAUCCAUGCUGCUGUUCUUUGUUCCCCAUACUAGACGUCCAAGGAGCUUUUGUUUCUUACAUGUAACAAAGCACUUUAGUCUGCAUAUGUGUCUACCUUAUGGGGUUAUCUUUUUAAAAGUCUCACAUCCAAACAGGAUUAAACUGUUCCAGUGCCUAAGAUCAAAGUGUGAUCCUCUUGCAUGAUUGUGUUUGCAUCUGUUGAUUUCAUUUCAGCUACUGUCGACACCACUGUUUAGGGAAGCUUACGUGCAGCAUUGAUUUCCAGCCUUAUACUGUAACUUUCAUUAAUCUUGAGUACAAUGUAGAGUAAGCCUGGGUGGGAGGGAGGGAAGGUGGACGUAUAGCAUUACAAGUAAUGAAAUAUAAUAGAUCUCUCAUGGUAUAAAGGGAAGAUAGGCUCCAGUUGCCCUUUCAAAGCUGGUUUCCCUAAACCUUGGGAAAAAGGAAAAUUUUGCCGAUAUGAAAUAUUAUAUGCUUGGCCAGUCAUUUCAUAUUCCAAAUAGAGAUUUAGCUUAAUAAUAAUAAUUUAAAAAACUACAAAUUGUUACGGUUGCAUUGCUCAAAUGCUGCCUGUUUGUCCUGCUUCAAUGAGACUUUGAAUGUCUUUUUAAAUGACUUUUAAAACCUCGCCUGUUUAUAUUUCCCACCGUGCUGAACAGGCAUUUCACUGAUAAAUCAGCCUUCUACAAUAUCGAUUGUUUGGUGCAUAUCAAGGCUGGUAAACAGUAUUUACUACAGAAGAUAUUUUCUUCAUCUUGGUGAUACAUUAAAAGUUCCAGUAACACCUGUAGUCUUGAUGCCUUCAUAUACGCAAACUAUGCAAAAGUAUAAAUAGGUACGUAGGUUUUAAAGUAACCUGGAAACUUAAUUUCACUUACAAAGUUGAUUUCCUAAGUGGCAUGUGCCUGUGCUCUUCUGAAUGAUCUCUUUGUCUCAGAAAUUGUCUCCAGCCUGCUGUCUUAGUAGGGAAGAGACCAUAGCUCUGAGAUAGAACAUACAUUUUGCAUUCAGAAGAUGCCAUGUUCCAUUUCUGACAUUUUGGGCUAUAAGGUUUAGGUUGCUGUGAAAGGCACCUAACCUGGACCCCCCAAUGAGCCACUGCUGUUUAGAACAGCCAAUACCAGGUUGAUUAAGUAAAGCAGCCUGAUGUAAACCCUCUUUUUUGCCUCUCUAGUUAAAAAAAGGAAAUGGGAGGAAGAGGGGAAUGGCUCAUGUGCACAGGCAGCACUUUUCCUAUGAAAAGCUUCUGUGCUGAAUCCAAGGAGAUUCAGGGGUUCCUUUGAAGAUAGCCCAAAGAAGACACCAUUACAAAACACUGGGGUACACAUACACUCUAGUGAAUCACGCCUUAGUUUGUGACCAGUUAGGCAUUCUGAGGGUUUUGUUGUUUUUUUUGUUAUCACGUAACAAAAGAGAAGCUUUAAAAUCAAAUUCCAGUUGAUAAAUUGGAUAUUUACUCCCCCUUGCACAUGCUCUGAAUGUAAGACUCUUAAAGAUAUUCCCAUAUAUACUCAUUUAUAAGUCAAUCUUACGUACAAGUCAAGGGCAGGUUUUGUGGCCAAAAUUAUAGAUUUUGAUAUGACCCGUGGCUAAGUGGAGGGUCAUUCCACGGAGAGGGGGAAGUGUCAGUGUCACUUUAGGGAUCUGGCUGCCCUUGGCUGCCGCCACUAUUUUCCCACUCAGUCAUUCGCAAAAGUUAGAAGUGGUGCCGUGAUGGAGAAAGUAGAGGGGUUGAUACAUUUUUUAGAUUCUCGUGGAAUGGACUAAGCUUUCAUCUUUUGCCACUCUGCUCGCCAAAGUGGAUGGUUCCACUUUAGUAAAAGUUAAGAAUAAGUCGACCCCAUAUAUAUAUAUAUAUAUAUAUAUAUAUAUAUAUAUAUAUAUAUAUAUAUAUUUUGGGGGGGGUGUCAAUUUUUGUUUUCAAAUUUCCUGACUUAUACAUGAGUACAUAGGCUAGUAUGCUGGCUUAAUUGUCUUGGCUGAGGUGGGCCCGGGGGGUGGGGGUGGGGACAACUUUGGCAGAUUCAGGAGCCAAUUUUCCCAACUCAAGAUUUGCAAUGGAGUUUGCCUACUCCAAAAAUGAGUGAUUACAAAACUACAAGUGAGUGGAUGUUUGCUUCUAGUUUUGACCACAUGCCAUGGAAGAUCCUGUGCCUUGCUUUGAAGAAAGGUCCAGGAAAGUCCAGGGCUGCAAGAAUGGGUAGAGGCACAAGCAUCCUGCAAUCUGUAUGUUGCUCAUUCUUUGUUUGGGCAGCGAGAUCUCUAAACAUAUUAAUUCAGCUUUGCCUAGUGUGAAUUAGACAUUGCUGCCGAUAAAUGCCCAUAUGGAAAUGGAUGGAAUUUCAUAAGGGUGCUGAAAAUGUGCGCAUGGAAUUGUCAUCAAAAUUUAUUCAAAGGGGACAAUGCGUAAAUUGACAGCCUAUAAAUGCCUAUUAGCUUUCACAAUUAACUGUGUUUGGUACUUCUCACUGUUAUCAAUCCAAAAAUAAGUUACUAAAGCCAGUCCGUCUGGGAUUUCAGUCUAUUUAAAACAGUAACUUGGUGCUUGGUGCAUCUUUCCUCUGUGCACUGCUUUACAAAUGUCAGUCAAGCCUCAAUAUAAGGAUUAUUUAUGUACAAACUGAAAUUGAAUGUUACACGGAGGAACAGUCAGUGUCGGUGCUAUAUAGGAUACACAGGCUCUUACCUCCUUGUGCUACUUUCAAGCCACAGAAACAUAUUUUUUGAUCUCUAUCUCAAAGAAAAACCCACUUUACAAAUUGUAAAGUUUGUAACUGGCAUAUCAGCCGCCAUGCUUUGGAAACGUAUUUGUGAUGUGAUAACAUAGCUAUCCCAGUUCCAGUGUCACUUUACAUUAGGAACAAUUGAGACAAAUGGGAAAUCCAAUAUGCAUAUUCCCAUGUGUGCCCAAUGAUAAAGAUAACCUGUGUCUUGGUUUUAUAAAAACUUCUGAUAAAGCAGUUUCUGUCUGUUCAGUUUGGGAGGAUUACGUUUUAAGGGCUUUAUCAGAAAAGGCAAAUGGGGAAAAAUAUUUGUAAGUGCAUGACUUAAUUCUGGUUUGUCAACUUUUGCACUGUGAAUAUUUUAAUUAUAUACUUUAAAAGAAAAUAUUGAGGGCUUAACUAUUUCUUCCUGCCUUUUAAUUCAAAGGUCAUUUUCAACAUCUUGCAUUCAUGAUAUGGCUCCUGCAAUUUCUUCCUAAGGGAUAUAUAUAUAGGAUAUGUGCAUUCAUUUUGUGAGAAAGGAGUAUUAUCGAACUUGCUCAGAAACAAUAUUUGGGAAUUGCUGGGUCUAAUGUUUCAGCCCCUGCUCAUAUACAGCUGGCCCAUUCUAACAAAAUGAUUUACAUGCAUGUAUCCAUGAGAAUCACUUUUUCAGGAACCAUCCCUUGGAUGUAAACGAUUAUGGUGAAGCUGGUAUUUUUCAUUGAAACCAGUGCUAAAUGAAAGAAAUUGGAGUGUGUCUAUGGAUGUAAAGUAGAAGUAUCUGUCACUGCUUUGAAGCAGUAAUAACCCCACAAAGGGGAUCUAUCUGUUCAAUCCUAAAUUAUCUUCUAGUGUAUUGGCAAGACUAUGUAGCUUUUUGUCUUCCACUUCAUGAUACGUUAGGCAAUGAUGCUAAAUAUUAGCUUGAAGUUCUGGAAUAAUAUUUGAGUUUAAUUUGCUGGAACAGCUGUUGGUAUGCCCAGUUCCAAGCACUGAUUUAUGAGUUAUCAAAGCUUAGGAUCAGGCAGGGGGUGUCUUAUUUCUUAAGGUUCAUGAGAACAUUUUACAUUUUAUAAAUAUGCAACUUAAACUCUCCCCGACCUUGAAUCCCAUAAUUCAUUCAAAAUUAAAAUCUGGAUCCCCCACCCCAUAUUAGAUUAGAUUCAUCCACCAAUUAAGUACAAGAGUGAAGAAUAGUUUUUCUACCAGAGAAUCAAAUUACAAUUGCAGUUAACACUUCUGCAAAGACUGUAACUUCUCAUAAAUGCCAGAAUGGGCAGUGAGCUGCCUGAUCCACUGGGUUUUUGAGAAAAGCAACCAUUGCCAUCAUAAAAGAUCUCAUUGCUUGCAAAGAAUAUUCUGAGCUUUAAAUGAAGCUGUUGCUUGUGAACAAAACAUUUUUCAGCUAUGAUAAACCUCUUCCUCUGGCAGAGGAGUUGAAUUUUCAGUACUUGUAGAAUAGGAAAAAUGAAUGCUUCUGCCAUUGCUGAGGCACCAAGUCAUCCUCAUAAUAUUAAUUUCCAUGUAGCUCUCUAGGACACAUAUAUAUAUCUAUAUAUCUUCUGCGUUUUGUAUAAGAAACAUGUUUUUCUCACUGUGAUCCAAAAGCUCCUGUAGUUUGGGGAUAAAUAAGGGAUGCUAGGGACACUCCCAUUUUGAAUGAUGAACUUCUGAAUCUAUCCCUAUUUAGGACAAGUAGGAUAACCUUUUAACAUCCGUAAAAUGCCAUUAAUUCAAGGAGCUGGAAACACAAGCAUCCUUUUCCAAGAAGAAAUAUCUGUUAAAUACAUCAGUAAACAGGAACUGUGUACAAAUCAGUCUGUAUAAAACUUGUGUGACUUAUUUUUUAAUUUCAUAUUCUUUGGUAAAAGGUACAUUGGUUGUGUUCAGUUUUCUGAUCCAGAAACAAAGACCAAAGAAGGCCAACCUCAUUUGAUUGUGUAUAUUCUGCCUGUCUUAAUUAUUGAUAGCUAUAAAGGAUACAGUGCAAGUAAGUGAAUCUGGUAAUCAAUGGUUUUUGUAUGUUUUUUUAAGGAAAAGGAAACUUUAAAGUGUAUAAUUUAUUGCUCAGCAAUACCAUGUUGUUAAUAACAAAUAGCAACAUGUCCUAAUUUCCCAAUAGCAUUACUAUAUGUUGUCCUUCAGUUUGUUGUAUUGUUAUUUGGUAUUUAUUUGUGUUUUGAAGGUCUUGCUAUAUGUGUUUUGUGUUUUGAUGCUAAUAAAUGUAGAAUGCAAAACUUUGAAAUGCUGAACUGUAUUAAAGGGAAAAAAUAAACCUGAGUAGGAAUCAUAUUUUUUAAUAA